AGCUGUGUCUACACUCACAAGCACUGGACUGAGAAAGCGUUCAGCAGGGAAUAUUUCCAAAGAGCUAAAGACAACAAAGAUGAAGGUUUUCCUGAUGCUUACCAUUGUGGCAUUUACAGGUUGCCAAGCCAACUUGUUCUAUGCUGAUGAGCCCAAACCACAGCUGGAGCAACUGACUGAUGCUUUCUGGAACUAUGUUGCCAAGGCAACACACACUGCUGAGGACACACUGAAAACCAUUAGAGAGUCUCAACUGGGGCAGGAUGUCAAUGCUAGAAUUACAGAAGGUGCUAAUGUGGCCAGUCAGUAUGCUGUCAGUGUCCAGAAACAAGUUAGCCCUGUGGCCCAGGACAUCUUGAACAAAAUCACCAAGGAGGCUGAAGUUCUGAAGGAGCGUCUCGAGCAGGAUCUGACCACUGUGAGAGACAAACUGGAUCCCUAUGCUGAGGAUCUGAAGACCCAAAUUCAGCAGAGAGUGGAGGAGCUGAGAGUAGCUGUGGCUCCCUACGCUGAGUCCUUUGACUCUGAAGCUCUGAAAACUACCAUACUGCAGAAGACUGAGGAGCUCAGGGGAAGUCUGGAGGAGAAAGUGAAGGAGCUGCAGUCCCAGCUGGAGCCCUACACUGAGGAACUCAGACAGAAAGUAGAUCAUCACCUGCAGGAAUUCCAGAAGACCGUGGCCCCUCUGACUGAGGAUCUUCAGGCCAAGCUUGCUGAUAGAGCUGCUUUGGUUCAGCAGAGUCUCUCUCCCUAUGCUGAAGACCUGAGAGAGAAACUGGACCCCUAUGCCCAAAACCUGAAGGACCAGCUCACUUCUCUUUAUGAGUCCUUCACCAAGACCAACUAA